CCGUCACAACCAUUAAUUAACAAACAUAACAUGAAGUCUCUCUGUGGGAGUUUGCAUAGCAGUGGUGCAUGUGCUCAUGUACUGUCUGCUCUUGUGGAGUCGAUAUGAAGAUGUGACAGCAACCGGGCCUUGUGCUGCCCCAGGCUCUGUAGACUGGAGCCAGGCCAAAUGCUCACAUUCCUCCCACUGUUUCCCUGCUGUACAAGCUUCAGAAACAGGCCGGGCACUGAUCUGAGAUCAGUUUGAUGUGGUACAACAGGGCAUAGCAGCCAAAAGAGCAGUAUAGAGAGAAAGAGCUUUCACACACCCUUCACUCAAACAACAUUUCCCCACCUCUCUUUUUCUCUACCUCGUUCACUUUUGUGUGCUGGAACAAGGGCAGAGCGUUCCAGACGGAUUUUACAGACACAUCAGGGGUGGACAUUCAAUUCCUCUGCUCUGAUUGCCACAGAAUAGCUCAUUCUUUCAGUCCAAGCUGUGUUUUUCUCUGUGCAAACAGAAGAGUUGUUUGGUCACAGGAAUUCCAGGUCACAAGGAUUCCUCCGACAAGCAUGACUUCACCUGUGACAGAUUCAUUUCCUCUCCAGGAAUGAGACCUGUGGCACUGACUUCAAGAGGAACCGAAGACAGUAACGGGGACUUUUUAGAGUUCUUUUUGGAAAUGAUGGGGUUGUUGUCACUGGACCGGAGUGCUCUUCUGGUGGUGGCCACUCUUUUUGGGAUGUACCAGUUUGCAGAAGGCGGAUGCUCAGGAAGGUGCUGUGAAGGUACAGAUUUCACCUGUGCCACUACUGACUGGAGGAUGGACCGUGUCUAUGGGAUGUGUUAUUGUGAUGAGAAGUGUUUAAAGACUAAAGACUGCUGCUUUGACUACCCAACAGAGUGUCCAGCUCAGCCGUGUGUAGUGAGUGAGUGGAGUCAUUGGAGUGGGUGCGCACAACCCUGUCAGCCCUCAUUCCGGGUCCGGAGACGUAGCGUUGAGAGACUGCCCCAAAACAGCGGACAGGCCUGUCCGAGGCUGGAGGAACAGGCCGGAUGCAUGGAGUAUCAGGACCACCAGGGACAGUUUUGCGCUUCUGUGCAAGGAGCAGCAUUUAUAACAACAAUGGAGUACAGCAAAGGCAGAACACAUGAUUUGUAUGGGGCCCCAGUGGAUGCUGGUGAUUCCUCUGCGUACCACUCGAGGGAGCCUGAGUACCACUAG